GUUGAAGGGUUCGGACCUGGACCUCACCAUAGUGAAGGGAGCAGCCGCCUCUCGAGCUCCUCUGACUGGACCAGCCUGUGCCUACAUCAACCUCAAAGUCAACAACAAGGAACAAGAGGGUGUGGUUCUCCUGGAGAACCCUAAAGGAGACAUCUGUCUGGACAUGGCCAAGCUGAGACAGGUCUGCGCCAGUCUCUUUGGUCUCAACAACACCACGCUCUGUGUUUUCAACGGCAAGACUGAGUUGACUGGUAAGUGUGAUCUGCUGUCUCUGAAUGGGAAAACCCUGUCGGUGACAUCCGGCUCCAGUCCCAGUGACUCCUCUCCCAACUCUGACUCUCUGGUGUGCCCCUACGUUAACCUUCGAUUGGCCAACUGUCAGCCUGCUGAGUGUCAGAGUGGAGAUGUGGGGACCCUGCUGCUGGUCAAUCCUGUCGGACACGACUGCAUGACCCACAAUGCUUUGCUGUCUGAGACGGCCAAGUUGUUCGGCCUCCGCAGCCGUAGGCUGAAYCUCUACCUGGACGAUCUGCUCACCCAAGAAAUGCCAGCAGAGUGGUCGGUGAAGACGCUGGACGGGAAGACUGUGUAUGUUGGCGUUCUGCCCACCACUGCAGAGGCAUAGGACCGGGAACAGCCAGGCUGAAGAAGAGGGAGGAACAGCCAGGCUGAAGAAGAGGGAGGAACAGCCAGGCUGAAGAAGAGGGAGGAACAGCCAGACUGAAGAAGAGGGAGGAACAGCCAGACUGAAGAAGAGGGAGGAACAGCCAGACUGAAAGGAGAGAGAGGCUAUGUUCCAAUGGUAUCCUAUUCCUUGUAUAGUGCACUACUGUUGACCAGGGCCCAAUGGCGCUCUAAGCAAAGCUAGUGCACUACUGUGGACCAGGGGCCAAUGGCGCUCUGAGCAAAGCUAGUGCGCACUACUGUUGACCAGGGCCCAAUGGCGCUCUGAGCAAGCUAGUGCACUACUGUUGUCCAGGGGCCGAUGGCGCUCUGAGCAAAGCUAGUGCACUACUGUUGACCAGGGCCCAAUGGCGCUCUGAGCAAAGCUAGUGCACUACUGUUGACCAGGGGCCAAUGGCGCUCUGAGCAAAGCUAGUGCACUACUGUUGACCAGGGCCCAAUGGCGCUUUAAGCAAAGCUAGUGCACUAUAGAAGAAUAGGGUGCCAUCUCAGAAACAGCCAGAGAGAACGUCUAGCUCCAAACUUCAAUGAAAACCCAACAUUUAAAUAGUAAAGAAUUUUUUCUGCUCUGUAUUCCCCCGUAAACUCUUUCACUGUCCGAUUCAUCCUGUCUAGUCCAAUCUCCAGUGACUAUCCUUUAACAUGAGUUUAUUAGUUAACCUCAACCUACUUUGUACCAAAUAGUGUUGACCAACCAGCUCUCUGUUUGCAGACAGUAUUGUGGAUGUUGUGUGGGUAAGAAAUAACAUUCAGUAGUGGCUACCUUCUUCUUUUUUUUAAGUGUCUGUUGUAGAACAAACGUCUCAGAACAAGAAUAAAAAGAGACAAGUGCUAUUUUUGGUGGAAUAAAUGAAGAAACAAUGGAAUAAAAGUGGAACCACAACGGAGAAAUUACA